AUGCAGGAGAGAGAGGUAUCAAUCUUCCUCAAAGGAUUAUUAUCAACCUCUAUUUUGGAGAGAAGAAGCAAGGGGGAAGGGAAUCAAACAGACCAGAUCCUGAUAUGUAGCUGCCAGCAUAAAAUUAAGCAACGGUGAGGAGGAAACUAAAGACCGAAGAAGAAAAAAUAUACUCCGCGUGCAACUAAAGAGCAAUAAAAUUAGGUAAAAGGAAGAUACCUGACGGAAAAGCACAAAUAACUCAGGAGACACUUUGGGUUACACUUGAAGUGAAAAUGUCUGGCUUUUUAUUGCCCUUAUAUGACUCUGAUCUCCUGUACAAAUUAGUAAAGCACAUUGUGAGAUCUUUAUAAAUUAGUGGAGCACAUUAUGAGAUCUUUAUAAAAUGUUCUUGAAUGGGCAUCCUGUAGUCUCAAAAAUUUGUGUGUGUGUGUGUGUGUGUGUGUGUGUGGAAAUGAACCUACCUGCUUGGAAAGGGAGCAUAGGAGGAGGGAACUGAUUCAUUUGUUUGCUUAUGUAAAUAAAAGUGCUUACUCAUCAGUAGCUGCUGCUAGAAAAUGUUGGUGGUUGCGAAGGGGAGGCGGGGAAUCCCUUAAUAAAUACUAUAGCACAGGGCUGACAGUGAAGUGACUGAUGAUGAAGAAUUUGCCCCCUGGUGCAUCCCAGUGAAUUUGACAGGUAAGACACUUUUUCCUCCUAAAAUAUCCAGAGUGCCCACUUAAGGUCCCUUAAUAUAGAGUAGUAUGCACUUUAACAUACUGUAACCACUUGGCAUACUGGAAUGCUUCUGGGUGGAGUGCAGUAAUUCAAGUUAGUGGCUGUGAGUGUGAAACCAGAAGAGUUACAUCCUGGAUUAAUUAGCAGAGUAAACCAUAUACAGAGCUUAACUAUUUAGUGGUUAAGAGCCUGGGCUAGGGUGUCUUUGGAAAAAAAGUUAAGCUCUCAUGGUGCUUCUUAAGGCAGGUCCCUACCCCCACCCCACCUCCAGCGCCUCUGCGAGGAAGGACAGACGCAGCCAAGGAAAGCAUCUCCCCCGGGGGAAUGAGCAGAGAAGCUCCUCUCUCGCAGCCUUCUCUUCCGCUCUAGGAACGGCAACUCUUCUGCUGCUGUUAACCCUUGCAGAGCCGAGCGGCAGGAACCUCUUGGCUGCUCCGGGCAGAGCACAAAGAGAGGCGCAACGGGCACUGAAUUUUAUUGCGGGGGCCGAAGGUAUUUCGGCCCCGUGGAGUUGGUGCCUGUGCGCCAGGGAACAUACUUCCCUAUCAUGGUCUUACAUGGUCUGCAGAGUAAAGGGGGUGGGGUGGGAGAGGAAGAAUUGAUUCGUCCACUCUGCUAAAAUAUAUGUGAUUUUAAUAGCAGCUGAUCUUGCUUGAGAUAUGUUAAAACUGCGGGUAUGUGACACUUGCCGGUAUAGGGCGGUAUGCAGGUUAAAUAAAUACAAUAAAAAGUGCGUGGGAACCCUUGAGGAACUAAGUAGAAGCAUAAACUGAUGAAAUUGGCACGGUUGGGAUUGCAGUAUCUGGAGACACUCCGUUAUCAGCACAUGAAGUCGACAGCAGAGUAGGUUGAACGGGGGGUGAGAGAACCCAACCAAAAGAAUAUAUUGAAAGCAAGCAGAACCAGGUGCCUCGAAGCUUUUACAGCAGAAGGUGCCAUUUACAUUAGGAUGAAUUGUUUGAUUGGAAGGCGCUUUGAAGCCUAUGUGAGAAGUGGGGUGCCCCUCCAAAAAAACAAAAUAAGGUAUAUCAUGGCUCUACAUAGUGACGUUCUGGCUCACCACCCUGGGCUGUGGGUUGUAAUCAGAUAGAGAGCACCAAAACAACAACAACAACAACAACAACAACAACAACAACAACAACAACAACAACAGAUAAAGCUAAACACAAACACAUGGCGAGGAAAACAACUGAACUCCGCAGCAUUGGCUGUUUGGGUCCUUAGGGCACCUCCAGUCACCUUCAUUUUUCACACUGCUUGUCAAGAUGUGACCUUGCCUAGCCUUUGGGGCCGGGGAAACGACAAGCCGAUACUUCUGGGGUUGAACGACAAGUCCUCUCUCUUCCCCAUCACUGGGAAGCGUUUGGAGAGCGUGGCGGGAGAGGGCGGUCGUUUCCCCCCACCCUCUGCCUCAUGAAGCGGCUGCUUCCCGGCACCUGCUGGACAAAGUACAGGAGGGAAAGUCGUUGGGGGGGGGGAGGAGCGUUUCAAACGGUCGUGUGAGGUGCUUGUGUACGACAAUAUAUAACGGGCGCGGGGGGGGGGAGGACGACGACCGUUACCUCCGCCUCCUCUCUCGCCCUGUUUUGAGGGCUGGGCUGAGGCGGAGGGAGCGGGAGGACGUUUCUUCAAUGAAUGGCGAAAGGCCGCCUACCCCCCACCCACCCCCUCCCGUCAGCGUCGCUGGCGGCAGCGGGCAGGUUGCCAUGGCGACGGCGCUGAUCCGGGGCUCCUCGCGGUAGUAACGGCAAAGCCUGGCAGCCCUCUGCUCUCUGCCAAACACUCGCGGCUGGUGGUGGUGCUGCUGCGGAGCAAAGAGGCGAGGGGGAAAGAGCGCCGUCUCCAGAAGAAAGCCCGCCCGCCCGCCGGCAGGGACUCAAACGAGGUACGGUGCGGCGCCCUUCGCCCCGUCAGGCCCCCCACUCCCCCUAUUUCGCAGAGUCUGUCAGCUCUGUCUGCUUUAUUACUGCACCAGUAUCUUGUCUCCUCGCGAAACGGGGCUGCUGCUGCUGCGGGGGGGGGGGGGGCGACGGUUGCAGAAACAGCCCUGCCUGAGGAGGAGGCUCCUUCAACGUGCAGCCUGACACAGCCUCUCGUGCACUUUCUGUCGGUCGUCGAGGGUCAAACUCGUAGGGUCGCGGUGGGGGGCAGCCCUCCCCUCGGAAAUAAAUGUGACUAAGGCUUGGAGUGGGUGUGGGGAAGAUGAAGCCUUGUCGGAUAGAAGUGAGGAAAGUUUUGUUUUUGUGGGGAGUUAAAAGGCUCAGGGGAGGUGGGUGGGUGAGUGUACUCCUCACAGCUCCCCUCUGAAAUCAGUGGCAAAACAGGAGCUGGGCUGCAUUGCAAAUUUGCUUUUCCUCAGAUGUAUCGAAAAGUCUACACAGGGGAGACUUGUCCAGGUUUAUUGAAAGCGAUGGUUGAACGGGAGCUUAAGGUCCGUUGUUGCUUGCUUUCUUUUUUUACUGUCCCUCCCAUAAAGGGGGGGGGGCGAUGAAAGUGGUCCACCUUCAGUUGUGCACUUCCAGCCCCUUGACGAUGGGGGACACUUUUUUCUGAUAGGGUUAUAACAAGCUGAUUUGCUGUCCUUGCAAUGAUGUUAAAGAUACCAGGGGAGUGAUGCUGACGGGUUUGUGCCAUUUUCAUUGCCUGCAACUGGUGGACCUCGCUUCUCUCCUUUCUAUUGGGAGCUAUGUUCGUUUCUAUAUUUAAACAUCCAUGCCGGGGUAAGUUAGCGAUAGACUGUCAAAUGGGGGGGGACGGGACAUGUUUUCCUCCUGGACGUUCUCUCCUGUAUCUGGUUUGACUUUUGACCUUAUGAAAAGUGUAUGGUGGUUGGAAGUGAACUGUUUAAUCAAAACACACAGAGAUAUGAAAGGCUGAAACGUGAUGUGCCUUAUUACUCUGUUGAGUUAUUGGGAUUAAAUAUACACUUAAACCUAUUUGGGAAGUUUAUGUGAAAUACCAUGUUAUGCAUAAAUUUAAUUUUUAUUUUAAAAAGGAUGAAGUCAAACCAGAAGGAAAUAACUUUGCCACCUGGAAAGUGAAAUAGCUGGGUUAUUUGUUCAGUGACAAAAAGGAGCAAAACCAGGAAUGAUUUACAACUUUCUUCAAGUGUGCAAUAUGUUAGUUCUGAUAAUACAGUUAACAUUAAUUUCUAACAUCACUACUGUUUUACUCCUGAGAAAAUCCCAGAGUGCUUAAUACUGGAAGCCAACUGGAACUGAAUAAUUUAAUACUUCACUGGAUCAUGUACCAAGUAGUUUUACAUUACUGUGAUCAUUUAUGACAUGGUUCAGUGGUACUAUGAUUUAGGACAAGGGCAGCCAUCUUUCUGCUCUCCAGGUAUUGUUAGACUCCAAAUCACAUCAGCCUCAGCCAGCAUGAUAAAUGAUCUUCACUGAUGGGAAGUGUAGUGCAACAAAUAUCUGGACAGCGCUUCGUUGACAACUCUUGAUUUAGGAGAGUUUUAUUGGACCAGAAUAAAAUUUUACCAGUUACAUACCUGAAUAUUUGGAUGCAUGUGGUAGAUAUAAUAUAGAAGAAGACAGCAUGGGGCAAAAAGGAUAGCUAAUAGCAAAUAUCAACCCAAGAACCAGAAUUCUGUGUACAGUAGUUUUGUUCAUAAUCCAAGGCAAGAAAUAUAUAAUAAUAUAUUUGUCAGAAUUCCUUUAUCUUUAAAGGUUGCGUGACAACAAGCAUCAGUUUAGCAACUGAAGCUUUUUCUAGUAUGGAAAUGUAGUAAUGAUGUAAUAUUUCACCUGUUGAAUUUUGUUUGUCACUUGGGUAUUAGAGACUCUAAUAGGGCUCUAAUUUAGAACCUUAUCCCCACUCCUAAAAGUUGGCAACUAAUAUUUCUUUAGCAGUUAGUAGCAUGGGCAUCAGCUAAGCAGUGGAGUCCUCUAUAUGUACAGUGGUACCUCGAGUUACAUAUGCUUCAGGUUACAUACGCUUCAGGUUACAGACUCCGCUAACUCAAAAAUAGUACCUCGGGUUAAGAACUUUGCUUCAGGAUGAGAACAGAAAUCGUGCUCCGGCGGCGCGGCGGAAGCAGGAGGCCCCAUUAGCUAAAGUGGUGCUUCAGGUUAAGAACAGUUUCAGGUUAAGAACGGACCUCCGGAACGAAUUAGGUACCCGAGGUACCACUGUACUUAAAAGUACUAAUUAGAAGUAACCCCGCAUUGUGUUCAGUUGGACUUUUUCCAGAUAGAUAUUUAUAGAAUUGUGGCCUAAGAGUUUAUCUGUUUCAAUGAGAUGCCAAUCCUAAGUGAGUUUUCUUAUGAAAUAAUAAUUACUAUUAGGGUUUAUACAUGAGUACACCCCAGUUUAAAGAUGUCACAUCCUUCCUUUAAAUACGUAUGAAAUUAUGACUGCUGAAAUACUGAUCAGUGAGAGAACAAAAUACACUUGGUAAGAUUGGUUUUGUGUUGUAGCAUGCUCUAUGUCAAUGAUAAUUUUCUUUAAUUGUCCAUCAUAGUGCACUUGGCUUGUUGAGAAAGCUAUUUCCUUUCCAGUGCCCUUUGUUCUUAUGUAACAUUUUGAUACCUUUUGUGUUUGUAAAAUUCAUUGCAACAAUGACCUGUGUUAGUAUUGUAGCACAAAAGGCCAUGAUGUUGCUAGACCUUUUCCUAAAAGUGAUAUUAAACAGAAUGUGCAUAUCUGGAUGGUGAAAAAACAGCUCAGUGUAUGUUUUUUCACUAAACCAUGGCCCUCACCAUCUGUAUGACACAAAUAAAGGAAAACAUAGGGACCUAAUAAAAAUUCAUAUUUAAAAACACAAAAGAAAGUCACAGCCUCCCCUUUCAUAUCACAGCAGCCCAAUUCUGUUCUUCUUCAUCCAAAUAUAAUUUUCAUUGAGUUCAAUGGGAGCUUACUCAAAAGUAAGUGUGCACAGGAUUGCAACUAUUGUUACUAUACUGUAACAAUUAUGUAGAAUAAUAGCUCUGAAAACUCUGUUGGUCUUAAAAGCAAGCAUGAUGAAAACCCAGAAAGAAAAUGAAGGAAACCUUCAGUGAUAUCAUUAUAAGCUUAUAUGUUAUUGUUUGCAUGUGUAUAAUAAUUCAUGCUUAUAUGAAUAAAAGCAGAUAUUACAUAUAUGGUAAAAUUGCUAGUUGAUAUCAAGAGCCGUAUACAGUAUGUAGGAUUGUCCAAUACUUUUUCAAGCUAUAAGAACAAUAUGGUGCUCAGAAUGUACAUAAUUUCUGUUUCAAUUAUUGUACACUACCUAUAUCUUUUAGGAUACAAGUAAAAUAUCCAUCUUAUCCAUGAUCUUCUGAAAUGUCUAUUCUAUACCCUCUUGACCCCAUCCACCUGACAAUCUGUUUGGGUGAAGAGAAGAAGGCAUGGCUUUGAAAUGUCAGUAAGAAAGAUGUAAAGUAGCUGUUAGAAAUACAGUAUCCUCCUGAAGAUUUGGGUACCUACCAGAAGUGACUUCAGACACAUAUUCAGACACUUACCAAUGACCCCCUAGAGACUGUGAUUUCAUUGUUGCUAUGGCGCACUGAUGGGACCUAGCAGUAGGUGUCUCAGGAAAAUCUCCUGUGGCCAUUAUAGACAUUCUGAAGAGUAGUUACUUCUACCUAUUUAUUUAUUUAUUAAGUCAACGAUGCUGCAGCAACAAGCUAUUGAUAUACAACUGCAUCAUAAGGUAUUUUUCAAAUAGGACACAGAAUCAGCUCGUGUCCCCGUUUUAAAACACUGCUCUGUUCUGAUUUCAUGUCUGAAACCAUUUGUUCCUUGCUGAACACCAGAUGUGUCUUAAAUUUAGUGGCAUCUCAUAUUUUAAGGAAAUGGCCCUUAAUGAAAAACAUCACUGUUCCAGAAGAGUUCCAUAUUUCAGAAAAUUACAUCUCUACAGAACAUCAAGCUCACAGUGUCUCUCAUUUUUGACAUUUUGAUCUGAUAAACGUAAUGAAAAACAACAGAGUGCUUGACUAGUCUUGGCUAUUUAUGCUGCAAUCCUCACUCCACUAACCUGGGAGUAGGCCUCAUAGAAUUCAGUAGGAUUUACUUCUGAGUAGACAUCGUUAGGCUGGUGCUGUUAACUCUGCUUUUUCUCAAUAAUUCCUGCCCGAAACCACUGAGCUAGUUUAUGCGCACAAAUGAGAACAUCCCACCUCUAGCCAAGAGGAUAAACUGACCUGAUAUUUUGGUUGAUUGGUGCUCACUGUUGGCCAUUACCUAACAAAAAGGUGGGUUGCAACAGCAGCACUCCCACCAUACACAGACAUCUGUGUUUUUUGUUUUUGUUUUACCAUGUAAGACCCCAAGAUGCACGUUCGGGCUAGAGAUGGGUCUUAGGUCUGAAAAGACUGAAACUACUGAAUGUGAUAAGCCACUUUAAGCAGGAGAGAAGUGGGAUAUAUAAAUAAAUAAAAAAAAUUAAAUACAAAUAGGGUAAAGAGUGGGUAGAACUUAUUCUGGCUGGGCAUUUGCCUCCAUCAAGCUCCCCUGCAGUAGAGUUUAUGUUUAGAAGAGAUUGUUGAAUAUGUUAUUCUGUCUUUAAGGUGUUUUUGCAGGACAUGAGGUUAUAUGAUACUAAUAUACUACAUUCACAAGGGCAGAACAACCUAGUAAGUACCAGUAGUAUAGGUGACUGGACAAUUGGACUUCAAGAAGUUCCAGGAUGCUCUGGAAAACCCGCAAGUGUGGAACACCAUUGGCAUUACCCUAGGAUCUCAGAACAACAAUCUGGUGCAGGUUUCACCCUGCAGUGUUCCCAGUUGCUGCUUAUUCUGUUGGCUCCAUUCACAUACAGAGCAAGGAAAAGGAAAAUCCUUAAGGGGGAACACAGUCCUCCUUCGUUAAUAAAAAGCAUGAUAUGGAGCAUAGGCGGCAAAAUUAAUUUUGGCCUGGAGUGGCAAUAUAACUUGAGACAAUUCUGUAUGUUAGUGAUAUAAACCCCCACCUUCCUUGAAAGAUGCAUCUAGUUUUGGUGAACUCCAUUUCUUUCAAGAUUUAUUUGAUGCUUUUCCUGAGUUGGAAGCUCCAAAUUUCUAUCCAGUUUCACAUUAAGUUAAAUUUGGCAUCAGUGCUAUGCACUAGAGCUGGCCUUCCUUUGUGUUUUCAAAGUUCUCAUAUCAGUGCAAUGCAGGGAAAUUAAUUCCUGUGAAAAUGAGCAAGUAUACAUCCAGGGAAGAAAAGCAGUAGCCCAUUAUAACUCCCUGGGAUCUCUUCAGAAGGAAAUGCAUGGGGCCACUGUGUGACAGGUAGUGAAUGGAAUUGGGGGCGACAUCUGUAAAAGACAAUACAAUCCUAUCCAUGCCUAUUUAGAAGUAUAUCAUUGAGCACAAUAGUGCUUAAUCCCAGGUAAAUGACUAUAGGAUUGCCACCAGAGGCACAGUGGAAGAACUGAUGUGCUGCAUUACCUAACUGCUGGUUAAAAAAGCUGGUAUUUGCCACAAAACCACUUGGAAACCUAAUCUUCCACACUGUCAAUUGUUUCAAAGUAGUAGGUGUGUGAUUAAUGAAGUGCAAGCAACAUAUAAUACUUGGGGUGAGCAAAAGCUCUGGGAGGCAGUGCUUUAUGGUAUCAUAAACAAUGUCCUCCCUUUGACCCUGGCUAUUUGUGAACCAUGGCUACAUGUUUGCAUGAGCCAUCCUGUUGUAUUGUUCUCUAGGUACCUCUUGUAGUGCACCUGCUUGUUACAGUGUCAUUUGAAUGUCAUAGGAUGAUUAGAUAUGGCAACAGUCCUGCCUUUGAGCAGAGGUAGAGUUGCCAGCAUUUUUCUGGCAGAACUGCUUUGCCUUUUCACAGUUGUGUAACCAGUAGAAAUUUAACUGGCCAAGCUUUUCCCCUCACUGCAUCUAUGUGGUAGGAAAACCUUUUCCAGCGAAGUUAGUUUGUUACCCAACUGUUAAUGGAAUAGGAAUCCUGCCAUUAAAAAGAUUGUUAACUAUAAGGAAUUCCUUUAGACGAUAUUGUAGCUCCCUCCAAUUCAGAAAUGUAAAUUCUUACAUAUUUAUUAAAUUUGUAUAUUAUGUUUACAGAGAUUAUAUUUGACACUUCUGUUAAUGCAUUUUAAUAUGAUAUUGUUCUUGACUAUACAUAUAUACUGUUCAGACUAAAUUUAGACAUAUAUCCAUUUUUUUACUCUAAAUUUAGUCUUGCAUUGUGACACAGUCAUGCACAGAAAGAGGCUACUGCAUCUCAGUGAUUGUGAGUCACUGCAGUCUUGUUAGUAAAAUGCUGUUAGGAAGGGACUGCCAAGAAGGCUUUUUUCAAAUCAUUCACCUCAUGUUUUAUAUGAAUUAUAAGUUAUGCCUUCAGUGCAUUUUUAACAGAAGAUAAUAUAAAUUGUCUAUUCUGGGGCAGAAGUGGACAUCUACAUACAAAUCACUGGAUUGUUCAGGAAGGAGGAAUGGGGUGGGGUGAAGAAGUGCACAGCUUUUCACAAGUAGUUUUAAUACAAAAUAAAUGUUUACUGGUAAGAUCAGAGAUGUAGCCUUCAGACUGAAAUUUGCACAAGUAUCUGCCAAUAUAUCUCAUGUCUUUCAACCCUUGUAUGCCUAUAAUAUUUCAAGGUUGACAUGUAAUUUCACACAAUGUGAUAGAUAUCACAGUAUAUUUAGAUACCUGAGGCCAGAAGAAAAUACACACCACUAUACAACUAUAAAAUAGUAAUCUACAACUGGGAAACUGUUUAACAAUACUCUUCCACUGUCUUCCCUGCCUCCCUAAGAUCUGAAUCUCCUGCUUUUUCACAUCCUUAAUGCAUUUAUUUUGACUGAGUUCACUGGUUAAGAGUGUAAAAAAAUGCUGAUUCAGAAAGGCAGUUUCUCUGCCUUGAAAGUGUUAUUUUAUUUACACAUGAGCAAUAUCAACUGAAGCAAAAUUGAAGGAAAUCCUAUUCUAAGCCUGCAAUCCUUUCAAUUCCAAAUAGUUCUGGGAGGAUUGUGGUAAAAUAAGUUUGAUGAUAUUACAGGCUUUGGGAAUGGGACAUUAAAGAGAGAGAGUGAGAGAGCACAUUCUGGUCAUUCAAGUACUAUAUUCAAAAGCCAGAAAUUAUCACUAUGUAUAUGGUUGAGUCAAAAUAUCCACUACCAGGGCAAGAAAUGUAAAAUAUAUAACACGUGGUUAAUAAACUGUGCACAAGAUAAAUAUUACCCAACCACUAACCUCAGUGUUCAAAAAAGUUUUGAAAAUGCUUUGAAAGCUUUUUGAUUUUAGAAUAUAACAAAGGGUGCUUAUCAACAAAGGUCCCCAUGUGACACCCCCCCAAUGCCCACCAUUUUAAUCAGGGGUGCCAACUUGAAUAAAGUAUUGUGGGGGCCCAUGUAAGCCCCACUUCACAUAAUCGAUAACUUGAUGCAGUGCACACUCUGCAUCAGUGCCCACCAACUUCGUGGGGGCCUGGCCUCCUCAAACAUUUUAUUGUGGAUGCCAAAAACCCCAUGGCCCCUAGGAGUUAGUUCCUAUGAUUUGAAUAAUAUUUUAUUUCUAAAAUCAGUUUUUCUUUGGUCAGUAUGUGCUCCAUGUUUUCAACAGUUAAAUGAAUCCUGACCAUAAAAAUAACAAUAUUUUUUAAAGUGUGAACAGGAGUGAAAUGGAUUAGACUAGAAGAUGCUUGCAGAAAUGGCUAAUCGAUUUCUCUAUUUGUAAAGAAUUGUUUGUGUGGAGCUACAUGAUGUGCUGUUAUGGGAUCUUAAGAAAAUGGUUUCACUCUUACAGGAUCUUGUGGUGCAGAAAGUAUUAUCCAAUAAAACACGAAGACCUAACUGAAUCUCAAAUAUAAAUCAUGGGAUAUUCUCUCUCCUACACCCUUGCCCUAUUACACUUGUACAGUUAUACAAAAGAGGUUAUGAGGCCAGUUACCACUAGACUACUCAGGGUAAAGACCUCUACAGAAAUUGGAUGCUCUACAGAAAUAAUUGCCUCAGCAGAUGCAAUUCCUUGCAGAGAAAAGGUUUCCGUCCUUUAUGAUUGAGACUCAAUUAGAUUUCCCUGUUUUGCCAGAGAAUACUCUGUGUACCACAUAACCUUGUAAGAGUGAAACUAGCUUCCUGAACAGGGUUUUCUUUAUAACUUGCCUUUCUGUUCAGCCCAACACUCCUAUGGAAAUGAGCUGCUAGUUCCCUUUUUAAAAAGCUAAUUGGAAUUUGAUCCAUGGUGUUAAGAACAGCUGACAGUCUGGAGUUUUUCUAGUAUAUCUGUUUUUAAAUAACUUGCAGUAUUCAGCCUUAUAAAAUAGUGAACACCAAAGAUUACAGCAAUAACCUUGCUGCAGUUUGCCAUCAGUUGGAUGCCUUUCAGACCCCACAUAGAAAUGGAAUCAUUGUAUAUUUCACAUAGUGAAUUUAUAGAUGUGUUUGAGGGUGUAGAAUAAUGGCUUUUUCAGGCACAAUACAAUGUCAACACAGGAGUAUUAAAUGAUUCAUUUAGAUGAUACUGAAUUGCAGAGUCCUUCAGACUUGAAGCCUUGCCAAAACAGCUGCCACAAUUCAAGAAUUCAUAAUGAUUUCACCAAUCUCUUGCCUGUCGUGUUGCUUCACUCCAAAUUAUGAAAGUGAGCACCAUUUUCUAUAGCACAUCCAACUCUGCAGAACACUGAUGGAAUAAGCAGGAUGUCCUUCCCGUUUCAUACUGAUAUUGUUGCAUGCCACCCCAAUCUCUGAGUGGUGGGAUAUUCCAGAGGUUCCAGGCACUUACACAGGGUUCAGUUUCCUUGGAAUGAGGGACAGCAGAGACUGUGGUGUCUUUAUGGUAUAUGGUUUAUUUACACAUAUAUACAAUCUCCCAUAGCCACAACUGUAGAUUCAAGCAGAAAUCAAGCGUGGCUCUCAUUCUCUGGCUUCUGUCUGUGUCUAGCCCAGCUUUCAGCUCUCACACACUACUCUGACUUUUAUCUUUCUCACUACCAGCCAGAUGAGGGAAGAGGUCCACCCAUUUGCCCUCUGGCACAGAGCAAUUUCCUUUGUCAGACUAACAAUCAUACUUAGGUGGUAACUAUGACCCUUGCCUGGCUAAUUCAGCAAUGGAAUCCUACAUUAGAUUUUAACCCUUGCUGUAUCCAGGACCUUAGGAAUUAGAAGGGACUCCGGCAUCAUACGGUCUAACUCCCCAAACUCACACAACAAUAUUAUGAAGCAUGGAGUGACAGAGUGCAGACCAACAUUUAACAGCAUUUUAAAUUGGAGUUUAUGCUUUAAUUUUUUUUUUAGUUUAAAGCCAUCUAAUCUAGCGGCCAUCAUCCAUAUAUUGCAGAAGGGAAUUACAUUGCUUAACUUCUUUCUUCUUUGUUGCUCACUCAUAGUCAAGUAAGAUUGUCUUCUAUGAAUAUGGUCUUAAGUGACUGUGUCUGUAAGUGACUGUGGAGGCCAAUUCUGGAUCCACACAUCCUUCCACAGUGGGGACAUAGGUUUCCAGGUGGGAGUUGAUUAUGGUGAGGAUUUGUCAAGCGUCCCUUCCUCUUAGCACAUUUCUCCCUUUCAUCCUGAGUUCGUACUUCUUCAAAGUCCAUGAGGCCUUUGGUAGAGGCUAUUCAUGAUCUUCGUUUUUUUGAUGUUGAGCUUCAGACCAUAUUUUGCGCUCUCCUCUUUCACCCUCAUUAAAAGGUUCUUUAAUUCCUCCUCACUUUCUGCCAUCAAGGUUGUGUCAUCUGCAUAUCUGAGGUUGUUGAUAUUUCUUCCGGCAAUCUUAAUUCCAGCUAGGGAUUCAUCCAGCCCAGCCUUUCGCAUGAUGAAUUCUGCAUAUAAGUUAAAUAAGCAGGAGACAAUAUACAGCCUUGUCGUACUCCUUUCCCAAUGUUGAACCAAUCAGUUGUUCCAUAUCCAGUUCUAACUGUAGCUUCUUGUCCGACAUAGAGAUUUCUCAGGAGACAGAUGAGGUGAUCAGGCACUCCCAUUUCUUUAAGAACUUGCCAUAGUUUGCUGUGGUCGACACAGUCAAAGGCUUUUGCAUAGUCAAUGAAGCAGAAGUAGAUGUCUUUCUCCAUUCUGAAGGAAAUCAGCCCUGAGUGCUCACUGGAAGGACAGAUCCUGAAGCUGAGACUCCAAUACUUUGGCCACCUCAUGAGAAGAGAAGACUCCCUGGAAAAGACCCUGAUGUUGGGAAAGAUGGAGGGCACAAGGAGAAGGGAACGACAGAGGACGAGAUGGUUGGAUAGUGUUCUCGAAGCUACCAGCAUGAGUUUGACUAAACUGCGGGAGGCAGUGGAAGACAGGAGUGCCUGGCGUGCUCUGGUCCAUGGGGUCACGAAGAGUCGGACACGACUAAACGACUAAACAACAACAAAUUGUCCAGUUGCAGCCCUAGCAAGCCAGUGUUUCCCAAUUACCUGUGCUUAUACUGCAUUUUUAAAGAUUUGCCUUGAGAGCGUCUUUAAACCUCCUUUGUUGUCCACUGGUAUUUUGCUUCCCAUCUUAAAUUGAGAAUAGAGUAGUUGUUUUGGAAGUUGAAAAUCAGGCAUCUGAACAACAUGGCCCGUCCAACGAAGUUGAUGUUGAAGAAUCAUUGCUUUAACACUGGUGAUCUUUGCUUCUUCCAGUACACUGACAUUAGUUUGCCUGUCUUCCCAAGGGAUAUGUAAAAUUAUUUGGAGACACCAUUGAUGGUAUCUUCUGAGGAGUUGGAGAUGGUGUUUAUAUAAAUGGUCCAUGUUUCACAAGUGUACAGUAAAGUUGGUGGUACAAUAGCUUUGUAAAUGAGCAUUUUGGUUUCCCUGCGAAUGUCUCAGUCCUCAAACACUGUGCUUCAAUCGGGAGAAAACUGCACUCACAGAGCUCAGGCAACUAUGUUUAACUGUGAGCUGAGUGAAGAAAUACUUCCUUUUGUCUGUUCUGAAUUUUCAUUCUGAGUCAUGAGAAAGCGCAAAAAAAACUUAUCCAUCCAUUCAAACACCUCUUUCCUGACUCUCUUGUUUUCCCUUUAUCCUAAACCUUAAAAGCACCAGAUGUUGCAACCUGUUCCAGCCCCUUGGUCAUUGUGGUUGCCCCUUUCUCAGGGGUGGCAUGUCCCAUUCUACACUUGGGGUGAAAUUGAAGCUCCUGCCACCACCUACCUGCUCCUGCCACCACCUGCUCUGCUGCCCCCUGCUACAUGCUGCCAUCAUUGGCACCUAUUUUGAGCAAGAUCUCACCCAAAAUGGAUGUGAUCUUGCCCAAAACUAGUAACUAUGUCAGCAGCAGCAGGGCAUGUGUGUGUGGGGGUGUUCUACCACCGGAUGCAGUGGUGGUCUCACCGAAUGGCUAGGCCAGCUCUGCCUUUUCUACAGUGUAUUAUAUCUGCAAUAGAUGCUUAAGUGAGGUGCUUAUGUUGGUGCUGGUUCAUCUACCCCUAUUUGGGGGCAUUCAGACAAUCACAUUCUAGUCAAAGAUACAUUUUGGCUUGGCUAGUGGAAUCACCGGGUUCCUUGGCACUAUAUAUAAAAAUUAAUCCUGAGAGGAACCUGGCCUUCGGUUGAACUAAGGAGUCCAUUGUCUAAUAUCAAAGCAUGUUUGCUAGAGUCAAAAGAAUAGUCUGAGUUUACAAUUGCAGUCAGUGUUCCUUUCCUACUGAACAAGACCAUCACAUUUCUGUACUGCAGAAUAUGUUCAGUCUAAGCAAUGAAGUUUAAAUUCUCCUGAAGCCUGAAAAAUCCCACCACAGCAUUAAUUUGAGCACGGCAACACUCCAGCAAUCCUAGGAUUAGUGAUGCAGCACUUUAUUUUACCAUCUUAGCUUUAUCAGCUAAUAAUUUGUGAUGAAUUAUAAUUGUUCUCAGAAAGUACUUGCAUCUGAUCCCAAUUUUAAGAAAGUGUUCAUUUACUAGGUAGGCCCUAUUUGAUAUAAAUGUCUGUUGCCAGAGGCUACACUGCACGUUUGAGGUAAUGGUAGAUUAUGACUGCACAAGCAAAUAAAACAUUUUUCUAAUUAGUUUUCAUGUUUUUGUGUGUCUCAUGCAAACCAAUUACUGCUUUAUCUUAUUUCCGCACACGAUUGUAGGCCACAGUUUGUGUACUACAAGCUUUGUCAGCAUUCAGUAUUCAAGUCUAGUUGUAAACCAUAUAUUCAUAAUCUGUAUCUGAAUUAGCAUGAAAAUAAAAUCAAUGGGAGCUUUGCCAUUGGCUUCAGUAGAGUGCAGACUAUACCCUAUGUCUGUUGUGAACCUGGAAUUAUACACAUUCAUUUAAACAAAUGUCAUUCCUGAACAGGUAUGCUGGUAUAGCCAUGGGGGGGGGGGGGAUUUAGAAAUGGUUGAAGUAAACUAAAUUGAAUUAAUAGUUCAAACCUUCAUGCAACAUAUCUCCUUCAAACCUUGAAAAUCAUUAUAUAGUAUAAUUUGGAUUGCUAUUUGAAACAUGACACGUUUUUAAUCUUGCCAAUGAAUUUUAUUGGCUGAGAACUGCAGACCCUCCAAGUGUCCCUAUUUUCCAGGCUCAGUACUGGAUUUACAGAAGCCACCCUGGUUUCUGAUUUGAUCCUGGAAUGUCCUGCUUUUCCUUAGGAUAUCCCUAUUUUUAUCACAUAAAUGUUGGAGUGUCUGGUAGGACCUUCGUAUUUUCAUUGAAGAAAAGUUGGAGGUAAUUGAGUUAUGUGACCCCUGAGUCAAGGAGAUAAGUAACUAUAGAACCUUUAGAAGAUAUCUGAAGGCAGCCCUGGGCAGGGUAUAAUUAAUAAAAUUAUUAUUAUCAUCAUGGAAUAGGACGUUCCUAUUUUCAUCAGAGAAAGGUGGAGGGUACUGAAUGCUUGCAAAGGUACAGUGAUACAAAUAUGCCUAUUUCUUUUCGUGUUGGGAUAAUGUUGGACCCAAACACACACCUCAGUGAGGGACUAGUGACAAAGUUGUAAGAAGAUGCUUUCUUGAACUCAGAAGUGCUAAUUAUAUCUGAGAAGCUGGAAGGUGAAGAGGACUUCCUUUGACUGAGGAGGGGGUGUUCCUUACUCUUCUUUUUAUAUAAUUUAUAUAUGGCUCUUCCUUCAUCUUGAGUAUUUUUAUGUUAUAAAUAAUAUUUCAGGUUCCCAGAUUUGAUGAAAAAGGCUAUAUCAAUGAUGUAUAAGGUGUAGCUUUUGUUUAGUGAACUUCAGGUUAAUUUUACCCUUAUGAGAAACUGCCCAUUUCUGACAAGACCAUCAGAAAGUCAUGUUGAUUGGAAUUUUUGUAACAUACACAUUUAUUUUAUUGACAUAAGGACAAUUAACCAAAAUAUAUUUAUGUAUCAUGAAAUGUCAGUUUCAAUGCACUUAAUAUUGCCCAGAGUGGUGUUAAUAGCAAUAGUUUGAUCCAUUGGGUAAGGGAAAGCAAAGGCAUUGCUGACCAUAUCACCAAACUUGUUAUCCAUGCACCAUAGACCAUAGAAAAUGGUGUGUUCUGCCAGUUCAGGCCCCAUCAGAUUUGUUUUAAUAUUUCAGUAACCUAGCAAUAUUAAGUAUUUUUGACACAGUAAUCAAAUGUAACACUUCUGCUGCACACACUGCUGAUGCUGCAUUCUUCCAUGUGCAUUAUAUUUUGGGUGCUCUAUUGAAGGCAUUAAAAAAAACCUUUAUUGUUUUCUGCCAGUAAGAAUCUGUUUAUCAUGCGAAGAAUGUAUAAGGCCAUUUUCCUUCUGACUAUGAACCAAAAGCAGAUCAAUAUGCCAUGUCCUGUAACUUUAGUGCAAUGUAACACAUUGAUUAAAACUGACAGGGAAAUGCCUAUUGUUGAAAGCUGACUAAAGCUAGCAGAAAAUGUGGCAUGAAACAGGUUGAGCAAGCACUUGCUGCUAGGAAUGUGUAUAUACAAGCAUCAGGAUGAGUAAAGCAGCUUUAAAAGUUAGCAACACAGUGUGGUUUUUUUCUUCUGAAUCAGAUAAGACUUUUGAACAUGAAUGCAGCAAUCUCCAUGUGCCCCAAACAUAUCAGACUUUGCUUUUUAUAGGCUUGGACUAAGGAGGUGUGUAUCAUCUAAAAACAGAGGGUUCCCCCCUUUUUUUGUUUAGAACCAUUUGUUAAUUUGUACAAAUUUAGUCAAUUAAUCAAAUAGACAUUUGAAACCAUCAACUAAGAUUUCUUUAAUUGGGUGAUAGUCCUAACUUAAAUGUAGUCCCGUGACUGUUUCAAUUGUCAAUGGUGCUUCUGAUUACAGAGUUGAAGAUGUAGGUGAACAUCAAGAUAAUUGUGUCCAGAGGUUAUUACUGACACAAUAGAUGUUGCACGAUUUCUCCCUGAAAAGGGGCUUUUUUUAGUCAUGGCACCAAAAAACCACACAUUUUGGAGUGCCAUGCAAGAUUGCAGCCCCCCGCCCCGUGCUUUUUUUGGGGGGGGGUCACAGUGCAAAAUUGAGCAAGAUGGCCACCGUUCUCUCGCAAUAAAAAUUUGGAUGUCCCAUUUUUUCCAGGACAUUUGCAGGGUAUGGUUUAGCAGCAUGGCACAUAUGUAUGGGAUAUAUGUAUGUGUGUUUAUUUAAAGUACUUAUACUCUUCGUUUCAGGAUAGGCCUCCCAAGGCAGCUUACAAAAAAAUUAUCCAAAAUUUCCAUCUUACUAUUUAAAUCCAGCUCUUAAAUGCACUUCGUUCUCAGCAAACUCAUGUGAAAGAAGGGGUUAUUGGUUAUGAGGUGAUUCUGUGCUGGAAGAAUAUACUUUUUGGCACUUAGUGAAAAUGACUGGUUCUGCUAUCUUAAACAACAGGGUUUUCUGCCAGGCAUAAGAGAAACAGCCAUGGAAGUUAGAGAAUGACUCCUGUCCUGCACUUACUGUACCUUGGGGAGCUUCCAAAUUUAUGAAUUUGUUUAUUGCAAUUUAUAUAGUCAGACUGCCUGAAUCCAUGUCACAUCAAGAGAGUGGAAAAUGUAAUGGGUCAGAAAGGGGAGGGGAGCAUGUAGUCCAGGGUGCCUGAUAUGGUUGUCAAUUCCACAGCUCCAACUGACCCAUGUGCUGGUCUGCCACAGACACACAUAUUACAAGACGCAGCUCUAGAUGAAAGAACCUAUUGUAAAUGAAUUGUUUUGUUUUGCAGAUAGCAAUGAGACUGGGAUAUCAUCUAAAGAAGUGGCUGCCCACAUGAGGAAUCUUCUAAAGUUGUUCUUUAGUCCCGGCCCCAUAUCCAUUCAGGGUCUGUGGUAAGACUUAGAUUGCAAAAUACAGUACUGAUGGCAUUAGGCACUUACUCUUUUUUAUUUUUUAAAAGUUGUAAUUUUCAGCAGGAUACAUGUUGGAGAUUUCAGAACAGAUAUGAUGCACAUAUUUUAGAAUGGUGCACAAGUAAAGCCCUUCUGGAGAUCUUAAAUAUAAUAAAUGAUAUAAUUGGGAAGAAUAUAGCAUUAAAUCCAAAGCAAAUGUUACUUGGUUGUUCACAAGGAACUGUUAAUGAUGUAGACCUAGAACUCAUACAACGUUAUUAAUAGCAAUGAAACUAGUAAUACUGGGUAAUUGGAAAUCUAAUAGACCAUAUAUAAUGUAGUGGUAUAUGAAAAUCUGGAAUAUAGUUAUUUUCAGUAAGUUAACAUAUUAUAAAAGGUUUAAGAAAUGAUGUGCUAAGAAAUUUAUCAAAGUAAGUAGUUUGUUUAUAAGUUACUAGAACUUGAAAUUUCAAGAUAAUUGUCAAUCAUGUUUGGUUUAACUUAAUUUAAACUGAUUUAGAUUCUUUGCUUUCCUUUUUCACAAUUGAUUGAGCUGCUGAUCAUUGAUAUUAUCUUAGUUAUUUGCUUAUCACCUAGAAUUAUAAGCGCCAUAUUAUGUAAAUAUUAUAUAUAAAUAUGUGAAUAUAUAUGAAACUAUUAAAUGAAUAUUUUUAACUCAUAUACCAUAGGUUUUUUUAAAAAAAAAUCUCCUCUAUGACUUUAAGAAUUUGUGCCCAUGGGUUGCAUCCCAUUUGCACAAUACAUGUUUGUGCAACAGGACUUCUUUCACACCUCCACACGCAUUCCAUCCCUCAAUCUGCUCCAGAGAGUUUGGAAAAACUGCAGAAGAAUAUUGGAGGGUGGUGUGCAGGGGGGAGAAGAAGAAGUUCCAUUGCACAAGCAGAAGUAUUUGCAUGAACAGUUAAGUUUGCUGGAUACAACCCUAUGUUUGCUUGCUUUCAUUUACCCACCUCAGCUCCAUUGCCUUUUUCUAAGCAGUCUUUAAACAGAAAUCAAAUAAUAGCAACAACAACAACUAGGGAGACAUGGGUAGAAAUACCUACUCAGCCUUGGGACAACUAACUGGUUACCUUGAUCUAGUCACCUCUUCUCAGCCUAACCUUACUCUGAAAGUUGUUAUGAGACUGAAAGAGCAAAACCUUGAAAAAUAAGUAGCUAAAAUAUAAAAUGGAACAUCUUUAAUUGAAUUCAUGUGUUUAUUUUUCUUCCCCUUUACAGAAACUAUAUAUUAUAUGGAAGCUAUGUAUAUGA